GUGGGCGGAUGGAUGGAUGGAUGGGGCUGAUCCAGAAAAAAAACAGGGAUGGAGAGGUAGGAAGUAUCGAGAAGCAAUGGCGGCUCUCAAGAAGGCGUCCACGCCCGGGGCCAGGAACCCAGGACCUGGCGGGGACUCAGCCCCGAGCUUCGCUCGCAAAGCACUGGAGAGAAGCGAGUGGACGAGAGGAGGAGGAGGUGACUUACCCAGAGCCGACUGUGGAACAGUAUGAACGGGGAGGCGGCGAUGGCUGCAACUGUUCAAAUGAGUUCAGGGAAGGAAGAUUGGACCAAAGAGGAACUCUUGAUGCUGCUGGAGAGUAUUAAGACCAUCAUUCCUCACAAUGACGUCAUGAAGUUUAAGACGACUGAAUCGCACAUAGACUGGAACAAGGUGACAUUUCGCAACUUCACCGGAGAGAUGUGCAAACAGAAGUGGAGUGAGAUCUCACAUGAAGUGAGGAAAUUUCGCACAUUAACAGAACUGAUUAUGGACGCGCAGGAACAUGUGAGGAAUCCAUACAAAGGAAAAAAGCUGAAGAAACAUCCCGAUUUCCCCAAGAAGCCACUCACUCCCUAUUUUCGAUUCUUUAUGGAGAAAAGGGCAAAAUAUGCAAAGCUUCACCCUGAAAUGAGCAACUUGGAUCUGACCAAAAUUCUCUCUAAGAAAUACAAGGAGCUGCCAGAGAAGAAAAAGAUGAAAUAUAUUCAGGAGUUUCAGAAAGAGAAGGAGGAUUUUGAGCAUAACAUGGCCAGGUUCAGAGAGGACCAUCCAGAACUGUUGGAGUCGGUAAAGAGAACUGAUGUUCCAGAAAAACCAAAAACGCCCCAGCAGCUGUGGUACCUCCAUGAGAAAAAAGCUUUCAUGAAGCUGCACCCGCAGGCAACGAUGAAGGAUGUGAAAGAUGCACUGGGCAAGCAGUGGUCCCAGCUGUCUGACAAGAAGCGGUUGAAGUGGAUUGGCAAAAGCUUGGAGCAGCGUGAAGUAUACGAGGAAGCAAUGAGAGAUUACAUCAUGCGUCACCCAGAGCUCAGUAUUAGUAUGGACGAUUUGACCAAAAACACGCUGACCAAAGCUGAGCGGCAACUGAAGGAUAGAUUUGAUGGACGACCCACCAAACCACCCCCGAAUGGCUAUUCUCUAUACUGUGCGGAGCUAAUGUCCAACAUGAAGGACAUCCCCAGCACAGAGCGUAUGGUCCUCUGUAGCAAACAGUGGAAAAUGCUGUCUCAGAAAGAGAAAGAUGCCUAUCAGAAACGCUGUGAACAGAAAAAGAAGGAAUACGAGAUCGACCUCCAUCGGUUUUUGCAGAGCCUCCCUGUGCACGAGCAGCAGCGAGUCCUUGGUGAAGAGAAGAUGUUUGGAGUAAACAAGAAAGCAGCGAGCAACUUGAAGCAGGGUGGGCUUAAAGGUACCCCAUCCUCUACAGAAGCGACCAAGAAUGCCUCUGACAAACCAAAGCGUCCAAUCUCUGCCAUGUUCAUUUUCUCGGAAGAGAAGCGCAAGAAACUGCAGAAGGAUCAGCCCGAGUUGUCGGAGAGCGAGCUGACCAGGAAGCUCGCCAGGAUGUGGACCGAACUAUCCGAUAAGAAAAAGGAGAAGUAUCGGCGUAUGGAGACCGAAGCAAAAGCUGAAUCCGAACAGAAAAAGCAGAAAGACAAAAAAGGUGCUGAUAUCCGAGGAAAGCUGCCCGAGCCACCCAAGACUGCGGAAGAGAUCUGGCAGCAGAACGUGAUUGGAGACUACUUGGCAAAGUUCAGGAAUGAUCGCAGUAAGGCUAUAAAAGCAAUGGAGUCCACGUGGAGUGCAAUGGAGAAAAAGGAGAAAAUAGUGUGGAUUAAAAAGGCAGCCGAAGAUCAAAAGCGAUACGAGAGAGAAUUAAGUGAAUUGCGGUCACCGGCACCAACGCCCAUGCCCAAGAAAAUGAAGUUUGAAGGGGAGCCAAAAAAAGCACCAAUGAAUGGUUACCAAAAAUUUUCGCAAGAGCUUCUCACAGGUGGUGAGCUGAACCAUCUGAACCUGAAGGAGCGAAUGGUAGAGAUUGGGAGAAGGUGGAGGAAGGUCACUCAAGCUCAGAAGGAUCGCUACAAGAAAAUGGCAGAAGAGCAGCAGUGUCAGUACAAAAUCACUCUGGAAACUUGGCUAAAGAGUCUGUCUCCACAGGAGAGAGCAGUCUACAAGGAAUACACUGCAAGCAAACGCAAGAGCACCACAAAGCCCCAGGCUCCGAAUCCCAAAGUGAAAGUCACGUUGCAAACACAGAAUGCGACGGAAAGUGAGGACUCUGAUGAUGAUGAUGAGGAAGAGGAGGAAGAAGAAAAGGCCAAUUCCUCCGAAUCCGAGGACGGGGAUGACUCCUCGGGUUCAGACAGUGAGGAGGAAAGUGAGGAAGACGACGACGGGGAUGAGAAUGCAGAGGAAGAAGAAGAUGAGGACGGUGAGGAAGAUGAAAACCAGUCAGACAGCAGCAGUAGUUCUUCAUCAGAGGAAUCGUCCGACUCCGAUUCUGACUAAAACAAAAAAAAGCUCAACUUUCAUCUUCCUGGCAGUAUUGAAGAUCAGCCCCCCACCUGCCCCCACAUCCAUACACAAAGGGCUUUCACGCCCACUACCAGCACUGUUUAAGAGAGACAUCUGACAGAAACAAAGGCUUGUUACACAAUAAAUCUGAAGGGUGAUCCAGCCAUCAUUUUGCCCGGUCAGUUUUACACUAACCGGGCUCUGUUCUGUUUCAAAUUGCUUUCAGCUCAUUGGAAAACCACUAGUGAUGUAAGUAAGAGUGGAUCGAUUUGGAGUAGAACUCAUAGGAAGUUUUUCCACCCUAGCUAGAUAUUCCGAAAGCACUUGCCUAUCUAACAGCCCGCUCGCUGACUGACAAAGUGAUGCUCAAGACUCAAUUCCUGCAACUCAGCACACAAAUUAUCUGGCAUUGCUGAAAAAAGUGUUGGAUGGAAUGGCAAGAAAGUGUGGGUGUGCUCGAGUGGGUACUUGCUCACUGUAUUGAAAGAUAUGCUUUGGGUUCACAAGACCAUUCGUACUUGCAUUACCAGGCCCAAAAGCUUUUUUAAUUAUUUUUUAAAUACGGCCGCAAUGAAGUUGGAUUUUAGUCCUUUUGUCCGCCUUGGGAUGUCCUCCUGACGUGAAAAGCGAUAUACAAAUGUAAUUUUGUUUCCUGAUUGAACCAAGCAGGAAGGAUCAAUGUGGCGUGCACAGAGCGUUCAAAUUGCUGACACCUCUUUGGCAUGCCAAGUGUUGGUUUGGUAAUGCCUGGUCUCUUAUAUAGGAUGCUUCAAGGCGGGUAAAGAGCUGGACAGGGUAAAAGGGCAGUUUCUUGUUUAUGAAGGGGGCGGGGGUGUCCUUGGUCGAAGUCAAUGAAAAGUUCUGAAAAUGUUGCGGAUUUGUAAAUAUAGUGGGACUUCUUUACUUGACUGUUUUUGCAAUUGCUGGGAUAAACCUCAGUAGUGUGAACGCAAUUGAGAUGUCUGCAACCAAAGCAUUUUCCCUUUUCCUAUUUGCGGUGGUGGCAGACGUGCUUCUAUCACCACCUGUGCCCUUCACGAUUCCACAGGAAUCUUCCCACAGACUAUAACCCACUUCAUUCCGGUAACUAAACUUUUUUUAUUUUUCUGCAUGUGUAGUCUUUCCUUAUUGUACUUAGCUGAAGGAGGAUUUGACUGCAAUGCUGCAGAAGGCCUAGGUAUUUUGUAUCAUUUUAGUCCAUCGAUUCACUAUAUAUGUAGGAGUUUAAUCUCGAUGUUUUAGAUGCAGUCCAGUGUCCAGCCAGCAGCAGAAACUGCAAAUAGCUUUUUCCUUUUUGUACUUUCAAAACUUGUCUCGUCACUUACAAAUGUAAUGUACAGUAGCUCUACCAUCAAAAAACAAAAUGCAAAGCAUAUUAUGAGAAUAGUUUUAAUGGACUCUUCCAUCCUCCUUUUGAAAUGUUUGAGUUGAAAGGUGAUUCUUACAACUGGAGUUUGUUUUAAAGAGAGCUGCUGACUUGUAUCCUGUACAUAGCUCCCUUGGGUGUUAGGCAUUGUUACAAUGAAAUUACAAUUCUACAAUAAACUGAGGCCCAACACUUGCUUUCCUGGGGGAAGAAAUCAGGUUCUACUUGCAGUUUUCACUGAUACUCACCAGAAUUUACAAGAAAUCUCUGGUUGUCCUUUCCUGAGAUGAUCCAAAUCUGUACCUCCAAACAAAUGGUCCUAUGCAUAAAAGGAGACUAACGAGGUUUACCAGUCUCCAGCCCUCCAGUUUUCUAGGCGACUCUAAACUGGCAGAGGAGAGCAGCGCGACAUGCAGGAAGGAAACCCCUUUGCAACAACUGAGCCUUUUUUUAAAUUUAACCCGACCAGUAGCUUUGCUUAAACUCCAAGUUCUAAUUGGAUUCCUUUCAGCUUGCACCCACUUCCAAAGCGGGGUGGUGUACUUUUAAAAGGGUACUGAGAGGGGCACUUUUAUUGUAUUAGUGUUCGGUUUGAAUGAGGACGUAUGGUAUCUGUAUAUAAUGUUGUUUUGUAUUUUGCCGCUUUACUUUCCAUUUAUUUUUUUCUGGUUCUUACAGUAAGGACAGGAGCACUGGGCGUGUGUACUGUAAGAGGUGAAAUGAGUGCAUUUUUGCACUCGUGUGACAUUGUCCGAGUAACCUAUACGUACGUACCAUGUUACUUUUGGCUUCUGUGACCUUCUGGGAAUUUUUCUAAUAUUUAAAGAUUGUUUUGUAGAGAGAAUGCCUCACUGAUUUGUAUUUGCUGAUUCUUGUAAUUUGAUGUUGAAACUUCAAACAUUUUAUAGGGGAAAACGUUCCUUUUGUUCGAGUGGUUAUAAGCAUCAAUUAAAAAAAAUGAAAAAGUGA